AAGUCUGAAUGAUGGCCGCCUGGUAAAUGUGCGUUUUCCACCGAUCUGCUCUUGUCCAGGGUGGUGCGUGUGUUUCGUCCGGGCAUACGGACGUUCGGUCGUAUUGCAAGUUUGUUCCUGGUGGCGAUUCAACCCCGUGGUCGUUGGUUAAUUCUUAAUUUUACUCGGGUGAAGUGUCGACGCAGUGCGCACGCGCGUUGCACUAGUCUGCAAAACGUCGAGACAGCCGGUCAUAGCACAACCAGACAUGUUUAGGUGAACGUUUGAUGCGGACGGUAGGUUACGUGCGUGUGGAAACGGUACAGGCGCCAAUUAAUUGAAUCCAGACGACGUGUUUUUUUUUCCGUAACUAAUACAACAUCGUGAUGACAGUGAUCUUCUAAUCGCUAAUCCGAGUGACAAUCGACUUUUUAAACAACAGUUAAACACUUUUUGCCGUGACUUUGAUUCGAUAAUAAUAAAUUAUGUCAGUGAUAAACCAUGUUAACAGUAAUUGUAUUUAAUGGUUCUCUGUAGUGUGAAAUCGAAAUACUUUAAGAUGAUGGAAGUAACCGCUCACCUGAAGAGCGUGCUAAAGAACUAUCAGCACAGUGCGACGAAGAGUCUGCAGGGUCCCGGACUGUCGCUGGUGACCGCCAAAAGCGAGUUCCCCAGUCCGGAAAUCAAAGAGGAGGAAUUCGUGCCGGCCAGCUUCCCGGUCCAGCAGGUCCCCAUACUCACCACGCCGGACACCUCGUGCAGUGAAAGGACCGAAACGACCUUAGAGGGUGAAACCAUCUCUUGCUUCGUUGUCGGAGGCGAAAAGCGCUUGUGUCUGCCCCAAGUGCUCAACUCGGUGCUCAGAGAUUUUUCGCUGCCGCAAAUCAAUCAGGAAUGCGACCAGCUACACAUAUACUGUUCCAGGUGCACCCUCGAACAGUUGAACGUACUAAAAAACCAGAACAUACUGCCAUCAGGUGCUCCCAGUUGCGGAUUAAUCACCAAAACUGACGCGGAGCGAUUGUGUAGUGCCCUGUUGUACGGCAACAUCACCACCACCAUCAAACCGAGGAAGGAGGCCCUGUCGUUCAAAAUCUAUCACCAGUGCUUCGGGAAGGCGUACGGCAUAUGCUACCCGGAACUGUUCAUCAGCAAAAAUGCGAAAUGCAUAAAGUGUGUGGACUGCCAGAAUGGUUUUUCGCCGCAGCAAUUCGUGUGUCACGUGCACAGGGACUUGGAAAACAGGACUAUACAUUGGGGAUUCGAUUCCUGCAAUUGGCGGAACUACCUGUUAAUCUCCAAGGAUCAGCCGGAAGAGGAACAGUACGUCAAAAUAUUGGACGAGAUGCAGAAACAGUAUGAAGGCAAAGCAACGUUCCCGCCUCCGAUUAUAGACACGCCGAUUAAGAGGAAACAGAUACCCACAUCGGAUAUAAUCAAGGAUCUACCAUUGAAAAAGCAGAAACUGGACGAGUACAUGAACCUGCCAUUCAAACUUCAACAGCAGAACUAUCUACAUCAAAUCUAUGCCACAUUAGAUCCACAAUACAUACAGCAGUACCUGCACGAAAUCAAUAAUCCUCAACGCCAUUUGUCCGCAUUUAAGCCGGUAACACAGACCAUCAAGGAGUCGAAGAUCAGACAUGCCAAUGCACUCGGCAUAACGACCCGAUAUGCGGACCCGCCACUUUUGCAAAAUCCAGAAAGAGUUGUUCGAAUAUCGGAAUCCGAAAGAUUCGAACGAUCCUUCCAGCCGAACGUGGCUUUGGCACCUCCCACACCCAAAAAACAUCGAUAUGGUAAAGGCAAGGAGCUCUUCAACAAAGAAAUUAAAAGUGAUGAGUCACCGGACAGUGAUCCAGCCACAGUCAUCGUUAAAGAGGAAAUAUUUGAAGAGUCAUCUAGAGUAAGUCCCGAAAAGUCUACAAUAAUCCAAAGUACUGCUAUGGUCCAGCAAACGCCAGUGGUACAGAAGUAUAAUCCGGAGAUUGAGUUAUCCACAGAUACUGAUGACAGUGCUUCAGAAUCUUCAGAGAAAAUCUUGGAUCCUGAUAAAGUAGAAGACAUUCUUCUAGGGGUUGAUAACUCAAUUAAAUUGAAAAUAUUAAAUUUGUUUAGUCAGCAGGAAAAACUUAUCAGCGAUUUGAAAAUAAAAAAUUCCGAAUUAAAGAAAGAAGUGGAGGAGCUACGUAAAAGUGCUGAGAAAAGGGAAAUAUGUAACAACAAUAAUGAUAAUGAUUCUGUAUGUUCUGAAAACACACUUAUUAACACCAACUGUUCUUCCAUUAACAAAUCGAAGGACAUCGUUAAUGGUACAGAGGAAAAGAAAUCAGAGUUGACAAAUGGGUUUCAUGAAACAAAGGAAGAGGAAAACAUAGUGGAGGCAAUUGAGGAAAAAAAUGAUAAAAUUGAUACGGUUGAACAACCCACAGUAAUCGCCAGUGUUGAAAAAAAUAAUACCGAAAAAACAGCAAUAAUUAAGAGUGCUGUUGAAUGAUCAGUAAUUGUCAAACGUCAGGUUUGCUUUAAUGAUUCUUGAGAGCUGGAUCUCGAUGUAACUAAUAUGCAGAUGAUCUCAGUGCUUUGACAACAUAAGAAUUAAUUUUGUUGAUUUUAUGACUACCUAAUUUUUACAAUAAUUAAUGAAAUUUAAAAUAUUGUUGACCAUCUUGCAUAUUAUGUGAUUAUUACUGAUGGACGACAAAGCUCUCACAUAAAAUUUUCUUUUGCUUUAAAAGUAUUGUACAUAUUGUAAAUUUUUAGACCUUUUUAGAAAAGGCUUUUACUACGUACUAAAGUUAGUCAUAGAUCUAUAUGUGAAAUUUAGAGAUUUUUAUUUUUAAAGGCUUGUGUAAAUACGCAAUAUUAUUUGUACGUUUUUGAGAUAUAUUUAUAUACAAGGCGGCCAAAAAUCUAACAUUGGUUUUUGUAUGAUUCGACCCUAUUUGCUGCCGUAUAUCUAGUUGAUAGUUUUAUAAUUUUUAUUUCUGACUUGUUCUUGUUAAAACCAAUUUGUUUUAUUUAUGAUUGAGGAAAAAUUGUUAUAUAAUUAGGGACUUUUGCAGAUCUUACAUUAUAAUGGAAUUUUUGUGGUGGAUUAAAUAAAGAUAUUCACAUUAUACCAAAAAUUUUGAUAAUAAUCUUCUCAUAAUUUUUACAAAAAAUGAAAUAUUUUAUAUGGAUUAUAAUUUAUUUGCAAAUUAAUUAGGUAUAUUUAUUUUAAUAUAAAAUGUAAGUUCUGUGAAAUUCCAGGUAAAAUAUUUUUAUCGAUUAAAUUACGAAUAAAAAGUACAAAAUAAGAUGCUUAGCAUCAUAUUAAUAUAUAUGAGAGUUUUAAUAAGGUGUAAAAGAGCUUGCGAAUGUCUGAAUUUAUUUUGAAUUCAAAAUUGUAUGUAGAUUGACAUAUCAAUUACUCUUGAAAAAAGUUUUUAAUAUAUAUAUUUGUAAUAACAUUCUCCAAAUUCUAUAUUUAAUUAAAUGUUAGUUAAAUUAUUUCGUGUACUAUUUACAAUUAUUCCUUUACGAUAUUUGCUUAAAAAUAAUGAUGUUUCUACAUUAUCAUCAUCAUAUAUUUUACGUAUGUAUCAUCAUAGAUUUUGGAGAAGUCUGUAUAUUGCAUAGACUGUUUUUAAUUUUUGUAAUACUCUUAAUAAUAUGACUGAUUUUUUCGAGGGUAAUACUUAUGUUGAUUGCUUAUUUCGUAUUGACCAAAUAUUUGAAAUUUCUCAGGUAUUUAAAAAUACAAUCAAUUUUUUGUACAUAAAAAUAUAUUGCGCUGGUCGCAACUUUGUACAAUUUUGAAUUGCAAAAGUGGAAUGUUUAUGUUAUAAGAAGAAAAAAAAAUAAUUUUGUAUGGUAUACUAAAUUAUUUUACUAAUAUUUUGCUCUGUAAAAUUCUUUUUGUUUGCUUUAUUUUGUUAAUUUUUUAAAAUUAAUUUUAUAUAAAUAUUUUUAUAUUUUCUUUUAAUGAAAAUAAUGUGAUAUUCAGUUUUUGAUUUUUUAAAUAUCUUUCUCAGUAUUUUCAAUAAAUUUCAACAAACAAUUUUGUUGUUUCGGCGCUUUUGUGAAAUUUACGUUGGUUUUAAUUUGGAUAGAUUUAAACUUUUGGCAGCUUUAAUUAUUUUUUAGAUAAACCUAUAAUAGAUAAUAUGCCAAUAUAUUUCCCCUUAGUUAUACAAAAUUCUAAAUUGUUCCUAGCAUUAAAAAGAAUUUCAACUGCCAUUUUGACUUAGCAAUACGAGGGAAUAAUAUUGGCGUAUUAAAUAUUCGCCUGAAAAAUUGUUAUAAAUUUGUUAAUUAUUAAAUAAUUAUAUAUUUUGUGAUCUCAAAAUAUGUAAGAAUGCUGUUGAAAUUUUAAGAGUAAGAAUUUAGAUAGGUUUUCGUGUGUGUAAGUUAUUAUAUUAUAAAUAUACACAAAUUAUUUCAUAAAUAUAUAUUUCUGAAUUUUAUGUGUCAAACAACAAAUAAAAUGCAUUAAUUUAU